GGGAUUCACGCACAAAACAAUUGUAACUAUAAGAGUGAGUAGAAAUAGUAGGGGUGAAACUACAAAUAGGAGUGUCAAGAGACUAAUACAUUCCAUAAGCUAGCAUCAUACUUAGUACCAGAAAGAAAGAUGGGAAGACUGGAAGGAAGGACUAGAUUACAGUCAGCCGCCCUUUUGUUCAACGCUAUGUUGAUGGGCAUCGGAAGCUGCGGUAGCCCUCUUGUCGCGCGCCUCUACUUCAUCGGCGGCGGCACCCGGAUAUGGUUUUCCACCUGGCAGCAAACCGCCGCUUGGCCAGUCACUCUCAUCCCUCUUUUCGUCUGCUACCUCCAUCACCGUCGCCGCCGGAGCCAGACAAGUGACUCCGGUGAGUUCCACCACAUCACGCCGUUUCUUUUCAUCUCCGCCUUCCUCAUCGGCCUUCUGAUGGGCCUAGGCAACUACUUCUUCAUGUGCGGUGUCUCCAAGCUUCCGGUCUCGACGGUGCUUCUGAUCGGGAGCUCUCAGCUCGCGUUCACGUCGCUAUUCGCUUUCAUCCUCGUGAAGCAGAAGUUUACGGCGUUCAUGAUAAACGCUGUCGUUUUGCUGACCUUAUCGGCGGUUGUUUUGGGCGUCCGGGCGGGGAACGACCGCCCGGCCGGAGAGUCUAAGAAGGAGUACAUUUUGGGGUUUGCCUUCACAAUUGGGUGUGUGGCUUUGAUAGGGUUGCUUUUGCCGUUGGUGGAGUUGAGUUAUAGUAAGGUGAAGAUGGCCAGAAUUGAGUACAGUAUGGUUCUGGAAUAUCAGAUGGUUCUGUGUUUUGCUGCCACUGUUUUCUGCACAGUUGGAAUGUUCAUAAACCAUGACUUCCAGGCAAUAUCAAGGGAAGCAAGAGAGUUUGGAUUAGGAAAAACGAAGUACAACUUGGUAAUAGUGGGGAAUGCAAUAUUUUCACAGUUGUAUUAUGUGGGAGCCCUCGGAGUGACGUCGUACGGCUCAUCUCUGCUGUCUAUGGUCAUCAUCACCGUCCUCCUCCCCAUCACGGAGCUCAUGGCCGUCGUCUUCUUCCACGAGAAGUUCCAGGCCGAGAAGGGCAUCUCUCUUUUCCUCUCCUUCUGGGGAUUCGUUUCUUACUUCUACGGCGAUAUAAAAAACAAUAUUAAGAAAAAGAACCAGCAACCGGCGGCCCUGCAAAUUACCGAGUUGCCCUCUUCCGUCAUUUCACCGUCAAAAAGUGUGACCGGUCCUUGAAGUCGUAGCUCAACACAAAUCUGCUCUAUAAGUCUGUCUAAUACUUUGGCAUGAUAAUUAAGGGCCCUUUCCAAAUGCAUUGUGUAGUAUCUUAGCUUGAUAGUGAGUGACAUUUUAACUUUAGAACAUCUCCAAUGCUAAAAUGUUAACGGUGCACACGUCACAUGAAGGAUAGACAAUCAAAAACGAUAAAUAAAAUAUAUCUCUCCUUUUAUGAAGAAUUUUAUAUCUUUUUGGUAAGUUCUUCUUCACAAUGUCAAGCACAAUGUCUAGAUGUAGAAAUUGUGAUUGACAUUGCAGAGAAAAACUUACCAAAAACACAUAAGACCGUGGAAAGAUGGAAAGAGAAAUGUCAUAAAAUUAAUCUUUUGUGUCUAUCUCUCUCAUAUCACAUGUGCACCGUGCACAUUGUAGCAUUGGAGAUGCUCUUAAAAGUCUUGAUCGACUUUUGAGUGUGUAAAAAUAAGAAGUAAGUCAUGAUUUGUAUAUGAUUUAAAUAAAAAUGAUUGAUCAAAAUGUGAUUUAAAUAAAAGGCUAAAGGGUC